AUGGUUUUUCGAACCUCUUAUCUUGUACCAGCAUCAAGUAACGAGAAGAGAGGCGUUCUAGAUUAUCUGCUGAUGUUGAUAUCUUCAACGAUAAAACCAUAUUUCAUAGCUCUUCGUUACUUAAAGCAGGCUAUAAAGAAUAAAAUUUCCGAUAUUAACGCUACUGACAUAAAUUCUUUCGCUACUCAUCAGGACAUGAAAACACGUCAUAACGGUAAUAACAAUAUAAAUUUUAGUUCGGAAGUCAACACUAAAUCGAAAGAUGAAAUUUUGCAGUGCAAAGCAGUCUGUACAAAUUUGCGUUGUGAUUACGGGCAGGAAUCUACUUGUAUCUAUCAAGGUAGACGUUACAGAGUAGGAGAGACAUUCCAGCAAUCCUGUAAUACAUGUGAAUGCAAACACGGUGGUCAGGUACAAUGUAGCAACAAAGACUGCACGAAACGAUGUACUUACAACGGAAAGGUAUACCAAGAGGGUGAAAAAUUCCAAGACAAAUGUAAUAGAUGUAAAUGUCUUUCUUCUGGCUAUAUUCAGUGUACUAAUAACGUGUGUCACUGCCAGUAUAAUGGUAAAGACUACGACGUUGGAGUGAGUUUCAAUGAUGGUUGUAAGACUUGCACCUGUCAAACUACAGGAACAGUGCAGUGUAACAGUGAUAGAUGUGGCUGUUAUUACAAAAAUUCACAAUAUCAAGAGGGUCAAACUUUCAUUGACGCUUGCAACACUUGCCGUUGUAUAAACGGACAAGUAGAUUGUACAACAAGAGUCUGUCAAUGUACUUACCAAGGACGGACCUAUAAUAUUGGCCAAAGAUUUGGUGAAUGUGAUGAAUGUCAAUGUUUGUUUAGUGGUACAGUCCAGUGUUCAAACAAGCGAUGCAAAUGCAUUUAUAACGGAAAUACCUACCGAAUUGGAGAAACAUUUCCAAACGGCUGCAAUACAUGCACAUGUAAAAUCGAUGGUAGUGUAGACUACACUACAAAUCCAUGUACCUGUACAUACAAACACAGGGUUUAUAAUAUGGGACAGACAUUCACUGAUGACUGCAAUAAUUGUACAUGUCAACAUAACGGUCAAGUUGCGUGCACAUAUAAAACGUGUCGAUGUACACGGAAAGGACGGUUUUAUAAAAUUGGUCAGAGAUUUCACGAAGAUUGUAACCAAUGCCAAUGUUUAUCAACUGGAUAUGUUCAAUGUACAACCAAAGUUUGCAAAUGUACUUACAACAACCAGCUUUAUAAUGUAGGUCAAACAUUUAGACAAGGUUAUAAUACAUGUACGUGUGAAGUGAACGGUAGAGUCAGCUGUACUAAUAACCCGCGUAAUUGCUUUUACAAUGGAAACUCAUACGGAAUAGGGGAUUAAUUUAGAAAGGAUUGUAACACGUGCACAUGCAAAGCCGAUAGUACUGUAGACUGCACUACAAAUCUAUGUACCUGCAAUUACAACGGCAAGCAUUACGACAUUGGUUCUAUAUGGUAUAAUGAUUGCAACAAAUGUCAGUGCACUUCUGAGGGAAGGGUGGUUUGUGAGCAGAAAACAUGCACGAAACCCUGUAUACACAAAGGAAAAACCUAUUCUGCUGGCGAAACAUUUAAAGAUGACUGCAACACCUGUACAUGCGGACAGUUUGGUCAAGUAUCCUGUACUAAAAUGUACUGUCCCCCA